AUGUUCUCAUUUCAGGUGGGGACUGCAAAUGUGGGUAACAGUGCAAUAGCAACGGGAAGUGAUGGCCCAAGUGUGGAUUACGAGGAAACGUAUUUGUUCGCAGAACGAGCCAAGACAGCCAAUAGUCUCAGCCCGGAACAAGCAUUCGCGCACAUGGUCAAAGCUAUGCUUGGCACAGGACUCCUUUCGCUACCAUUGGCGUUCAAAAAUGCUGGAUUAUGGGUAUCGUUCAGUUUUGAAUAG